AUGUCUCAGCCGAUUCAACCACCUAGGCCCAAUGAACUUAACGACCUUUUCGAUACACUUCUGGAUGAAAAUGUACAUAUUGAUAAUUAUGUUCGAAAUUCCCACACUUCGGCUUGGAAUCAGAGGGAUAUUUUAAACAAGAUUAUUACGGUUAAUGAUUCUGCACUUCGACUAAAAGAAAUUGCUGACUGGGAAAAUGACGAAGCGCAAACCCAGUAUCAGCAAUAUGGCAUCAAGACAACAUAUCUAUCUAACUAUUGCACCGAAACUUGCCCAAAUUCCAGUCUAUAUAGGCCAGGAACCACCGGACGAUUAUUGCAACAGGGUUGCUCAAGCAAUUUCUUAUGCCGAUACACUUAUCACUGA